AGGAUCACCUAUGCUACUGAGAAACUUCGCACCAGAUGGCAGAUUCCCAGAAGUAGGUGCUUUUAAGAGGUACCCUUCUAAAAAAACUUUCACGUCGCAUCCAACCCACUAAAAUUAGCCUCCAAAAUAUCCCGUCAGUGAGAUGGCACUUUCUGGCGAAGAAUUUGAUGUUAUUGUCGUCGGUGCAGGCGUCAUGGGCAGCUCCACUGCCUACCAAGUCGCCAAACGGGGUCACAAAGCGCUCGUACUCGAGCAAUUCGAUUUCUUGCACCACCGGGGCUCAUCUCACGGCGAGUCCCGCACCAUUCGCGCAACCUACCCCGAGGACUACUACUAUCCCCUGGUCAUGGAGUCGUACAAGCUCUGGGAGGAGUUCGAGUCCGAAAUCGGCUACAAGGUCUACUUCAAGGCCCAACAUCUAGAAAUGGGCGCGUCCGACAACGAGUGCCUCCGCGAGACCAUAAACACUUGUCACAAACACUCCAUCCCGCACGAAAUACUCGACAGCAGACAAGUGGCCGAAAAGUUUUCCGGCGCGUUCGAUAUUCCGGGGAAUUUUCUUGGAGUGUUUUCCGAGUAUGGCGGCGUGAUAAAGCCCACGAAGGCAGUGUCCAUGUUCCAAACACUAGCGCUUCAAAAGGGUGCUGUUCUUAGAGACUGCAUGGAAGUGAAAGAUAUCAGAAAAGACAGCGUCAAAGGGGGCGUAUGGAUUCACACAAGCAAUGGCGAAAAGUUCUGGGGCAAAAAAUGCGUGGUGACUGCAGGGGCUUGGACGAGAAAGUUAGUCAAAAUGGUAAGUGGGCUCGAGCUACCUAUACAACCCUCGGAGAGUACAGCGUGUUAUUGGAGGAUUAAGGAGGGGCACGAGGCAAAGUAUGCAAUCGGAGGGAAUUUUCCGACGUUUGGGGACUGUGGGGAACCGUAUAUAUACGGCACACCAUCGCUGGAGUUUCCGGGGUUGAUCAAGGUGGCUGUGCAUGGUGGGAAUCCAUGCGAUCCGGACAAGAGGCCAUGGGGGCCAGCAAAGGGAUUAGAAUAUCUGAAAAAAUGGGUUGGGGAGAAGCUGGCAGGGCUAGUUGAUUCCGGAGGGCCGGCGGCAACGCAGUUGUGCAUGUAUUCGAUGACGCCGGACGAGGAUUUCGUGCUUGAUUUCUUGGGCGGGGAGUUCGGAAAGGAUGUUGUGAUCGGAGGUGGGUUUUCUGGGCAUGGGUUCAAGAUGAGCCCCGCGGUGGGGAGGAUACUGGCUGACCUUGUGCUUACUGGAGAGGCAGGAGUGGAGCUAAAGCCCUUUAGGAUUGCAAGGUUUGAGGAGAAUCCUAGAGGAAACUUCAAAAUCUUUUUAUCAUGUUCCUCAUCAGAAGUCUGAAAAAACCUUCGAUCUAUUUGUGGCCCUAGACUAGAGGCCAGGAAUGUCUCGACUAAUUUGCGUUCAGAAGUCAAUCACUCUAUUCACUUCCCAGAGCGUGAAUAAACACCCUUUCUAUUGAGUUUGUAAAAAAUUAUGGUAUGCUUGUUGCCAGUGUCAUCUUAUCAAUUCUGCUGCA